AUGGCUUAUCGGCUACCACCAAUAGACACUGUCAGAAAUCUCCCUACCACACAGAAAAUCCAGCUCUUAGCUCAUUUGUUUGAACCAUGUGACACUCUUACUCAAUAUAUUAUUCCCAAACUCUUUCCCAUAAAUACUGAGGCCAACGAACAGCCAUUUAAAAACUAUAAAGAACUGAUAGAUAAAUGCCAUUCUCUAUUCAGUAGCUUACUAAGUGAGAUAAACAGCUCAGCUGAUCCUGAGCUUACCCAUAUUGCAAACGGUAUUAUUGGAGCACACCCAAGGCUCGGCCCCCAGAAAGGAGGAUCUGCGCUUUCGUCUCAUUCAAAUUCGGAACAAAAGUCCUUAGCAGGAUCAAGUGCUGAAGAGACAGCAAGGCUUGUCGAACUCAACGAAUCAUAUGAAAAAACUUUCCCAGGCUUAAGAUACGUCGUCUUUGUUAACGGUAGGUCUAGGCCAGCUAUAAUGAACGACAUGGUGGAAAGGAUAUUCAGGAACGAUAUAAAAGCAGAAAGACAAGCUGCAAUUGAUGCUAUGUGUGAUAUAGCAUGGGAUAGGGCAAAGAAACUACAAAGCCCAAGCUCUCAAUAA